AUGGAUUCAGAACAUCAGAUCCAAAAAUUCCAGGCUCUAAGCCUCCAACGCCGUGCCACACCAGCAAACUUCCUCGAUUUGCCCUAUGAACUGCGCCUACAGAUUUAUAGUUACUGUAUCCCCCAAGGAUACAUCGUGGAGACUGCAGGAAACUUCAUCGACCGAAACACGAAUGCAAUAAAGACCAAGUUUGCGUUCAACCCUCGCGAGAACCAAGAAAUACCCAAGCUGCAGAUAUCACAAACCAACACGCUUAAUCCCUCCCUCCCGCGUGUAUGCAAACAAAUCAGCGAGGAGUGCCUCCAGAUCCUAUACGGCAACAACCAAUUCUCCGUCCGCAUAGUACCAGGAGGGGGGGAAUCGGAUAUGAGGGAUGUGAUGACGGAACAGAACAUGAUGAGAAUUCGUCAUGUCAAGGCAACCGCUGGCCUGUGGCCAGGGUAUAUGACACAGACAUUUUUUCCGUUCUUAGACGACGAGUUCUGGGAAGCAAUGACUCCUCAUUUGAAAAGUUUCGUUUUGGAAGCUAACGAGCCUGGGACUACCUGUCUCGACUGGAUCACCGCUUCUCCGGAAGUCGGUGGAGGUCGUUUGGCACAUCGUUGGGAUCUUUUUGGAAGGCUUCUGGCUGAUUUUUGUGACGAUGUUGAAAUCGAUAUCUCCGUUGGCUGGGAGACCUUGCCACUUGCGCGAGGAUAUUUUCCAGCUCCUAUUGUGGUGAAGGAAAUGAACAAGGUGCAAUGCGUCUGUGGUCGAGGUUGUACCGAUUACUACUAG